CAACCACGUCCUUGAUGACCUAACCCGAGCAUGUCUGGAAAUCCAAACAUGCAGAAGAUUGGGAAGCGCAAGACCCCUGGGGGCCAAAAGCAGCCAGAUUGGCUCUUUCCCCUCAAGGAUACGGUAAUGUCAACACCGAAAUCCAAGUCCGACGAUCAGCAUAAGAUACAGAAGGACGAACAACUUGCGAAAGAUCUCCUCAAACGCCGAGCAGCUGGAGAACCUCCCAAAUCAGCUCCUCCCCCCCAAUUGCUUGAGAUUGUCUCUUCCUUCCUCGCCGAAUAUGAGUUCACCGACGCUGCUCAAGCACUUGAGACCGAGCGCAAAAGCAGAGGCGAACGUGCAGAACCUUCCGAUACACCUUCCCUCGGCACGAUCUAUACCGAAUGGAGCGACAUGAAGAGUCGGAACAAUGGAUCGGGCGCGGGCGCGGAUACGAGUGCUGUGAAAGUCGAGUCCGUGAAAAAGCAGAAAUCUUCGAAGCAAAGGUCGGACGCCAGCAGCAGUGACAGCGACCGCAGUAGUGAUGACAGCAGUGAUGCUAGCGAUGUUGACAUGGCGGAUGCACCAUCCGACUCAUCCUCAUCCACCAGCUCCGAUAGCGACGCAGAUGACGAAGACGAGGUCCCUGUCAAAGUCCAAUCUGCAAAACCAAAAGUCAAUGGACUUAAAAGAAAAGCAGCAUCCAGCAGCGAGUCUUCAUCAGGAUCGGAGUCAAGUUCAGACGAUGAAGCACCAAAGACCAAGAAACUCAAAGCCGAAGUCAAUACAAGUUCAGAUACCUCCUCUUCCGACUCUCCUUCCGACUCUUCUUCCAACUCUUCUUCCGACUCAAGCUCAGAGGACGAGCCUCCAAAGAAGAUGAAGUACUUAACCAUGAAAGAGAGCUCUUCUGAUAGCGAAAGUUCUUCGUCAGACUCCCACAGCGAUUCUACUUCAUCAAAUUCUAUCGCUCAGAAGAUUCCGUUGCCAGAUUCUGAUUCUGAUUCUGAUUCUUCCUCGGAUUCGUCUUCCGAUUCGUCAUCUGAUUCCGAAAGUGGUUCUUUCAAGCAAAAAGCGAAGAAGUUAAUCGUUGGUUCGGACACAAGUGCUACAUUAUCCGACGGUCCCAAGAAAUUGACAGCUUCUGACGAUUCUCUCUCCUCAUCCUCAUCCUCAAGCGAUCCAAAACUAGAAUCCGAACCAGUGGAAAUCAACGACCUCUCAAUAGGGCACUCUUCAGGAGCAGAGCCGAAACCAGUAAAGACAAUUAUUAAACGUGAGCUAUCGCCGCCACUUCCUCCGGAUCCAGUUGCGAAAGCCUCAAAAGGAAAAGGCAAUCAGCGUUUCUCCAGAAUCCCCGAAAACAUCAAGGUCGAUGAGCGCUUGGCAAGCAAUGCCUACGUUCCGUAUGAUUAUGCGCAGAAGGCACAUGAGGAUCUGAUUGUUACUAAGGGUAAGGGUUUUACCAAGGAGAAGAACAAGAAGAAGCGUGGAAGCUAUAGGGGCGGAUACAUCGAUGUUGAGGGCAAGAAGGGAAUCAAGUUCGAGGAUUAGAUUUGAGUACAAAAAUCUGAUGAGAUGCUGUAUAAUGGAUAGAUUGGGUCGCGUUGGCGCGUUGGCGAACUAGAGACAUGAUAGAUGAUGAUACACCUUGCAGUAGAAAAAACGUAGCAAUUCAUGAAUCACGUUUUCCUAGCAUGUUCACCGGCACAAAGUACAAUCAACCCCAUCUCGCCGAAUCUCCGUCCCAUCACUUUCGAUGUACCCACACCUCUCGUACAAUCGUAGUGAUAUAUUCUCAAUGCACAACCGAAUCACGAACAGUCAUCCUAAAAAUCAGCCGUCGCAAUAAGGAGAAUCGCGCAACUCCGAGGACAAUAGUCACUGACCGAAGUGCGCCUAUUCUCAAGAAUCAGUGCAAGCUCGAUUAAAAGCACCUUGUUUCGGGUACGUUGGUGACAUGAAAGAAAAUGAAAAC